GCCGCCGCCUCCGCGUCUCUGCCCCCUCCGGCCGCUCCCGCCGCCUCCGCCCUGCCCUCGCCCAGCGCCCUCCCCCUCCCCCUCGCACACGCACCAGCACGACCGACGCCCUGCCACUCGCGCCCGGCUGCCCGUUCCCCUCGCGACGCCGAUCCCUUACUGAACGAAACACCAAUCCCUCCUCACCCUGUCGCCCUCGCCCAGCCCUUCCUCACAUGCCGUGCCGUACGCCGCUAUCAUCAACGAGAUUGGACUCGAUUGGUGGCGCCACUUACCUGCCCUGCGUCUUCUUCCUCAUGGUGGUCUAGGUAAACCAGACCUUUGGGACACAUGUCUCGUACUAAACAAACCGCUCGCAAGUCCACUGGAGGAAAGGCUCCUAGGAAGCAACUAGCCACCAAGGCUCUCCGUAAGUCUGCGCCCACAACUGGGGGAGUGAAGAAGGCUCACCGUUACCGCCCUGGGAUUGUUGCUCUUCGUGAAAUCUGCAAGUACCAGAAGAGCACUAACCUGCUCAUAAGGAAGCUUCCAUCCCAGAGGCUUGUUAGGGAGAUUGCCCAAGAUUUCGAGACUGAUAUGUGUUUCCAGAGCCAUGCAGUGGUUGCCCAGCAGGAGGCUGCGGAAGCAUACCUGGUGGGUCUGUUCGAGGACACCAACCUGUGUGCCAUCCACGCCAAGCGCGUGACAAUCAUGCCCAAGGACAUUCAGCUGGCUAGGAGGAUUCGCGGCGAGAGGGCUUAGUUUCAUUGCUCUGGUGUGCAUGUGUUCGAUGCAGCUGCAUUUGUGAUGUUGGUGCUUAACAUCUCAGUGUUUUGAACUUUGAAUAGUCAUAGUGUUCGUUUGUGGUGCUAGGUUAGGUGCUUCUGCAAUCUUACUAUGUUUUUAGACUUCAGUCGUUUGCUACCUAAUUCAUCUUAUAAGUGCUUGCCAUCCACCGGAUUGGUGUGUAUCUAGGUUUAUCUGAAUUCUGAAUCUUGAAUUGGUUUUAUUUUAUCA